CAUGCUCUAAACAACAGCAUGAUUGUAAUUCUGCAGAUAUAUCUGUUAUUGACUCAAUCUGGAACCUUAAGACUCUAUCUGGCCAAGGAUGAGUUCACAUUUCAGAGACGGCCUGAAUCUGUGAAGAAACUUUAAGUAAAACUUAGUUUAUUAAGAGGUAAAGUGAAAAUGGGAGAUGAAGAUCUUGAGGAAUAUCAACCUUUGCUUAAAGAGCAGAAAGAACCAAUACGACAAAUAAAGGUUCCAAGUAAGUCUCUCCUGUUUGCCGUGUGGGCUGCAUGCAUUGGUGGGACGUUUCAAUACGGCUACAAUGUAUCCAUCAUAAAUGCACCUACCAAGGCUGUGCAAAACUUCAUCAAUCAUACAUGGAUUGACCGCUACGGUACAGAAAUAUCUUCCCAGGUCCUCACUCUUCUCUGGUCCACCAUAGUGUCCAUAUUCACACUUGGUGGGCUUGUGGGAGCAUCGGUGGGAGGAAUGCUGGCUAUAAGAUUUGGAAGGAAAGGGACGCUUUUGUUCAACAACAUUUUUUCACUUUUGGGUGCCUUACUUAUGGCUUUGAGUUACGCCACCAGCACUUUUGAACUUCUGAUCAUUGGCCGCUUUAUAACCGGAGUAAAUGCAGGUAUAGGGAUCUGCGUGCAGCCUCUAUAUCUCGGUGAGAUUGCACCCAGGGCUGUGCGUGGUGCCAUGGCAAUGGGAACGUCCGUCUUUAUCACUGGUGGAAUCUUGACCGGACAAGUGAUUGGUCUCACGGAGUUGUUGGGUAAAGAGAAGUACUGGCCCAUCCUUCUCUCAACAACUUGCAUUCCAGCCUUUAUGCAGUUGUUGAUUCUGCCCUGGUUCCCCGAGAGCCCUCGGUACCUGCUCAUCGAUCGUGGAGAUGACUUAGCCUGCAGAAAGGCUCUAAUAUGGCUUCACGGAGCAGAUAAGUACCACGGCGAGCGUGAAGAUAUGGAGAAAGAGAGGAUCAGUGCGGUCGGGAUUAAACCCAAGAAGCCCUGGGAGCUUUUUACUGACGGCAGCCUGCGCUGGCAACUACUGACUGUCGUGCUGCUAAACGCUGCCCAACAGCUCAAUGGCAUCAAUGCUAUUUAUUUCUACGCAAGCUAUGUCUUUACCCAGGCUGGUAUUCCCGCAGAUAAGAUUCCUUACGCUGCAGUGGGAACCGGAGCGUGUGAGUGUGUCACUGCACUGACCUGUGGUCUUCUGAUUGAGUCUUUAGGAAGGAGAGCUCUGAUUAUUGGUGGAUACGCUCUCAUGAGUCUGUGGUGUGUUUGUUUCACCAUCUCACUCACUUUCCAGGAGUCCAGCCCAUGGGUUCCCUACAUUAGUAUGGUCUGUGUCUUUGCAUUUAUUUUAAGUUUUGGCCUUGGACCAGGUGGUGUGACAAACAUUUUGACAACAGAGAUGUUUACACAAACGGCACGGCCCGCUGCGUACAUGAUCGGGGGCUCUGUCAACUGGACAUCUUUUUUCAUCAUUGGCAUUAUCUUCCCGUUUAUAGUGAAUGGCCUGCAACAGUAUUGCUUUCUUGUUUUUCUGGUCGUAUGUUGCUUAGUGGGCACAUAUAUCUUCUUCGUAGUCCCUGAAACCAAGAACAAAACCUUUUUGGAAAUUCAUGCCGAGUUUCAGUCGCGAGAGAAAAAGAAACACAUUGCUGCCAAAGGGACUGCCGAGGGACCUUUAGUGUCCUCAUCAUUAUAAAUCACAUUACAUACAGUAUGUGCCGAAUGUGACUGCAUGGUCAUUUAUACACACAGUUACUGAUACAUCAUGUGCCCUCAUAAUGAAUACAGGCCUUUAUAUAGUCUGUCUCAGAAAAAAACAAUAUAGGUUCAUUAUAACAAAACUAUACAGAGAUACUAAAGUGAUGACCAGGAUUAGUUGGCUUGUAUAACACUGUUUGCUACUUUCUUUGGAAUUCUGUAUGUAGAAUUUAUUACAUAUAUAUUUCUUAAAUCACUGUGACAUUAUUUGUUUUAAUACAAACACAAAAUUAUCAUGUAUAUAGAAAUAAGUCUUUGGGCUUUAUUGUGUUAUCCCUGACUAUUUAUGUAUAUUAAUGUAUGACUCAGAGCACUGUUUCAUAUUUUUAUAUUUAAGUGGUCAAAUAAAUAUGACAAUAAAGAAAAUGUU